UUAGGAUCACCUGGGAUCCGCUCAAGAAAUCCAGUGCUCUCUUAGGGGGUUGGGAGAGUAGGGUGCCAGACGGCACCCGAUUCGGGAGAGGGCUCAGCGAUCUUCUUGCUCUAUAAGGCGCGAGAGAGAAGCGGCGGCGGGUUUCCAGGGUCUGUCUGAGGCUGGGGAGUUGUAGCUUCCGAUCAGGCCGACGGGGCCUGAGGGGAGCCCUCCUGUGAUCCCCGGGCCCCGAAGGAAGAGCCUAGAGGCUAAGCACCAUGGCAUCCAUCCUGGACGAGUACGAGGACUCGCUGUCCCGCUCGGCCGUCUUGCAGCCGGGCUGCCCUAGCGUGGCCAUCCCCCACUCGGGCUAUGUGAAUGCCCAGCUGGAGAAGGAAGUACCCAUCUUCACAAAGCAGCGGAUCGACUUUACACCUGCUGAGCGAAUCACCAGUCUUGUAGUGUCUUGCAAUCAGCUCUGCCUGACCCUGGGGAAGGAUACCCUCCUCCGCAUCGACUUGGGCAAGGCCAACGAACCCAACCAUGUGGAGCUGGGGCGAAAGGAUGAUUCCAAAGUGCACAAGAUGUUCCUGGACCCUACCGGCUCUCAUCUGCUGAUUGCUCUGAGCAGCACUGAGGUCCUUUACAUGAACCGUAAUGGACAGAAGGCACGGCCGCUAGCUCGCUGGAAGGGUCAGUUGGUGGAGAGUGUGGGCUGGAACAAGGCACUGGGCACCGAGAACAGUACGGGCCCCAUUCUGGUUGGAACUGCCCAAGGCCAGAUCUUUGAAGCAGAGCUCUCAGCCAGUGAGGGUGGACUUUUUGGCCCUGCCCCAGAUCUCUACUUCCGUCCAUUGUACGUGCUGAAUGAAGAAGGGGGUUCAGCACCUGUGUGCUCCCUGGAGGUGGAGCGGGGCCCCGAUGGGCGUGGCUUUGUUAUUGCCACUACUCGCCAGCGCCUCUUCCAGUUCAUAGGCCGAGCAGCAGCAGAGGGGGCUGAGGCCCAGGGCUUCUCAGGGCUCUUUGCUGCCUACACAGACCAUCCACCCCCAUUCCGUGAGUUUCCCAGCAACCUAGGCUACAGUGAGUUGGCUUUCUAUGUACCCAAGCUUCGUUCUGCUCCCCGGGCCUUUGCCUGGAUGAUGGGGGAUGGAGUGUUGUAUGGUUCAUUAGACUGUGGCCGUCCUGACUCCCUCCUGAGCGAAGAGAGAGUCUGGGAGUACCCAGAGGGAGUAGGGCCUGGGGCCAGCCCACCCCUAGCCAUCGUCUUGACCCAGUUCCACUUCCUCCUGUUGCUGGCCGACCGGGUGGAGGCUGUGUGCACUCUGACAGGGCAAGUGGUGCUACGGGAUCACUUCCUGGAGAAGUUUGGGCCACUCAAACACAUGGUGAAGGACUCCUCCACAGGCCAGCUGUGGGCCUACACUGAGAGAGCUGUGUUCCGCUACCACGUGCAGCGUGAGGCCCGGGAUGUCUGGCGCACCUACCUGGACAUGAACCGCUUCGACUUGGCCAAGGAGUAUUGUCGGGAGCGGCCUGACUGCCUGGACACAGUGCUGGCCCGGGAGGCUGAUUUCUGCUUCCGUCAGCGUCGAUACCUGGAAAGUGCCCACUGCUAUGCUCAGACCCAGAGCUACUUUGAGGAGAUCGCCCUGAAGUUCUUGGAGGCCCGGCAGGAGGAGGCUCUGGCUGAGUUCCUGCAGCGAAAACUAGGUAGUUUAAAGCCAGGUGAGCGUACCCAGGCCACGCUGCUGACCACCUGGCUGACAGAACUCUAUCUGAGCCGGCUUGGGGCUCUGCAGGGUGACCCAGAGGCCCUGAAUGUCUACCGGGAGACACGGGAGCGCUUCCGCACCUUUCUCAGCAGCCCUCGCCACAAGGAGUGGCUCUUUGCCAGUCGAGGCUCUAUCCAUGAGCUGCUUGCCAGUCAUGGGGACACGGAGCACAUGGUGUACUUUGCCGUGAUCAUGCAGGACUAUGAACGGGUGGUGGCAUACCACUGCCAGCAUGAGGCCUAUGAGGAGGCCUUGGCUGUGCUUGGCCGCCACCGUGACCCCCAGCUCUUCUAUAAGUUCUCACCCAUCCUCAUCCGUCACAUCCCCCGCCAGCUGGUAGAUGCCUGGAUUGAGAUGGGCAGCCGGCUGGAUGCCCGGCAACUCAUCCCUGCCCUGGUGAACUAUAGCCAGGGAGGUGAGGCCCAGCAGGUGAGCCAGGCCAUCCGCUACAUGGAGUUCUGUGUGAAUGUGCUUGGGGAGACUGAGCAGGCCAUUCACAACUACCUGCUGUCACUGUAUGCCCGUGGCCAACCAGCCUCUCUGCUGGCCUACCUAGAGCAGGCUGGUGCCAGCCCGAAUCAUGUGCAUUAUGACCUCAAGUAUGCACUCCGGCUCUGCGCUGAGCACGGCCACCACCGUGCUUGUGUCCAUGUCUACAAGGUACUGGAGCUGUAUGAGGAGGCUGUGGACUUGGCUCUGCAGGUGGACGUGGACCUGGCUAAGCAGUGUGCAGACUUGCCUGAAGAAGAUGAGGAACUGCGCAAGAAACUGUGGCUCAAGAUCGCUCGACAUGUAGUACAGGAAGAGGAAGAUGUGCAGACAGCCAUGGCCUGCCUGGCCAGCUGUCCCUUGCUCAAGAUUGAGGAUGUGCUGCCUUUCUUCCCUGAUUUUGUCACGAUCGACCAUUUCAAGGAGGCAAUCUGCAGCUCACUUAAGGCCUAUAACCAGCACAUUCAGGAGCUGCAGCGGGAGAUGGAAGAGGCCACAGCCAGUGCCCAGCGCAUCCGGCGCGAUUUGCAGGAGCUUCGAGGCCGCUAUGGCACUGUGGAACCUCAGGACAAAUGUGCUACCUGUGACUUCCCCCUGCUCAACCGCCCUUUUUACCUCUUCCUCUGUGGCCACAUGUUCCAUGCUGACUGCCUGCUGCAGGCUGUGCGGCCUGGCCUGCCUGCCUAUAAACAGGCCCGGCUUGAGGAACUGCAACGAAAGCUGGGGGCUGCACCGCCCCCAGUCAAGGGCUCUGCCCGGGCCAAAGAGGCUGAAGGUGGAGCUGCUACUGGGGGGCCCAGCCGGGAACAGCUCAAGGCUGACCUAGAUGAACUGGUGGCUGCUGAGUGCGUGUACUGUGGGGAGCUGAUGAUCCGCUCCAUUGACCGGCCCUUCAUUGACCCCCAGCACUACAAGGAGGAGUACCUCAGCUGGCUGUAGGAGGAUGUCCUCAAGUGCACAGGCAAGGGGAGCAGCUGCUUGUGCCACUCUGGAAAGGCCACACCUGGUCUGUGCUCAGUCUUGAAGCAGUGUGUGCCCAGUGCAAGUGGGAGUCAUUCUGCCAGCCUCCUGCUGUGCUUCAGACCUGCCUUAGACUGCUGUCCCCCAGGCCUUCAGCCCAUUCCUACCCCUGUGUCUAACAGCUCCUUUGUCCUUGUCACUUCCCACCCUCACCUUUUGGACUGAGAGUAUCCUCCAUUCUGUGGCCACUGGACCUACCUCUUCUUCCCAGGGGAAGCUGUCUCCUCUGCCCUGUGCAUCCUGGAAGCGGAAAGGCAGCCCUCCCAGGCCUGGGCCCUCCAGGGUUCAGGUGUGAGGAGUCCCUGGGGCUGAGGGCCUCCUGGGGACAGUGGGAAUAGUGAUCGAUGGGGAGCAUUAAAUUAAUUGCUGUGCUGGCAGCUCUGAAA